AUGCACCCUUGUCUUACACCUCCUCCGAGCUCUACUAGAGGCUCUAGUCCUGACCAUCAUGUCAAUGACCCGGAGGCCAGGGGUAGGCCCAGUCACAAUUUUACGGGCCUUUCUCUGAAGACACUCCAGCAAGGCAGGCCUAUGACUCAACCUCUCCGCAGAACUCAAGAUUUUUCACCAACCAAACCCAUCAAACGUCACAGGUCGUUAUCACCAUCAUCUUCUAAGACCAAGGAUGACAAUAUCAAUGCACCCGCAUCCCUUCCCCCCAUAAUCAGCUAUUUGUCUUUUGUUGUAAAGCGUACAAAGGCGAAACGUUUGGACAAUCCCUCUGGCUAUCGGAGACAUCCCAGAACGUUGGAGCUCCGCUUCGCUGAAAGGUAUAUUGGACCCUCUGAUAUGGUACCAGUAGAUGUUGAGAGUGGCAAAGGUCUAGUGGAGCAUGGCUUGAGAAACAUGUCUUCUGAGGCUGUUGCUCAAGCAGUCCUCACAAAGGAAGCUGAUCUUGAAUGGAAGCGAUUGCGUGCCUUAGCCUCCGCUUGGGAAAUUGAAGUUUCUCAGCGACACACAAGGCUUGUUCAGAUACUUCUCGAGGAUGAAGCUGCUUGCCUUGCCAAUGCCUUGAAAGAACCUCUAGCCAUCUCGUUAGAAUCACUUGCCAAUUAUAGCAUGGAGGAGCUCAAAACUCGCACAGCCUUCAGCAUUGCGGCGUAUAGUCAGGAUAGGACAUCUUUCAUCACUACUGACGAACAGCUUGAUCACCUCGAAUUUCUUGCUCGUGAUCACUAUCUGCCCACGAGUGAUGAAGACACCUUUGAGGUCAGUGCUCGUGGGCAGGAUUCACAAGCAGGUGAUGAGGGUCGCUUGCCUGCAAGCCCAACAAACUCGGAUGCAAGCGCCAUACUUUCGGAUGAAGACCGCUCUAGCAAGUCAGGGUCUCGGCCCGAUAGGACUGAUAUUGACGGCGUCAGCCAGCCAAUGGAGAUGCAGCUUCAAGCACAGCCUGACUGCUUGGCUGCAACAACACGGUCAUUCACUGCUAGUAGUAGUACACUCAGGUUCUCGCCUCCAUUCUGUCGAAAAACCUCUACGCUACCAGGCUAUCGCAUUCCAAACUCAAAGUGGGAAGAAUUUUCCAGACGAUUGACUGCUGCCGCCCAGCAACCUAUGGGCGGCAGUCACCCCAGUUUCGAUUCUUUUACAGCAGCCAAUCUCACCCAUCACGACUUGAACGCAUUGAAUUCUGGUGUCCCGCUACAACAUUGUGAUCAUGACAACUAUGGCUACGACCACAGACAAUCUUACAAUCACAAUCACGCCACAGACCCCUACAACGUUAACUUGAAUGUUGUCAACAAUCCCUACAACUACAAUGCCGGCGACAGCCAGCAGCAGCCUGAAUGGCCAGUACAAACUCCAGUAUUCCAAAACCCUUCCAACCUACCCCCCAACCUUCCAAAUCUACCCUUGUGGCCAAUCCAUGCUCAACGACAUGUCGGUUCGUCGUCACACGCUACUAGUAAUCUGCUUUCGGCCCUUGAGGUUCCAACUCAUCCUUUUGACUUUCUGCUUGAUUCCGUUCACCAGAAGUUGAACCGAGGGCCCAGAGAUUUUAAGCCUCAGCAUGACUAUUACAUGGCAGUAGCAUCCCGACGACAGUCCAACUCCAAACGUAGUACGGGUGUCGUACAGCCUCAGUCUAUACCAGACUCUAUCCGAGUCAUUCAGAUGAUCGUUUUACUGCUGCAGUUGAUUGAACAAGUGAAGGCACAGGCCUACACGAACAUGAUGAGACUUACAUUUGAGAACACCUUCUUCCCCACCAAUGACACUUUAACGGAUUUAACGAAUGAAGUGCUCGAUACUGCAGUCGCUCAAUAUGCAAACGCGGAGCUCCGUAAAUGGAGAAAGCAUGCUGAUGCGAAAGGCGAAAUAAAGAAGCUAAGGGGCGUCCCCACCACCAUCCUCAACAAUUUUAUGGCGUGCGGACGCCUCGUGGUCUUUGUCGCGUACAAACUGGCAUUGCCGAUUGUUGAACACCAUGAGGGACAACCAAUCGAAACAGCCCACAUUGACAUGGUCAAGUCCUUGCUGUUGAACGAUUCAUUUCUUGACAGACUCUUGAAGUUGCGUGUGGGAGACGGGACCAUUCGGCCAUUCCUGGUACCGCUUGCAAAUCGCGCGAUCACCAAUAUUUUGGAAAUUGUGCUGUUGGAGCAACAAUACAGUCAAUACAUCUUCGAUGGCUCAGACAAGUGGAAGUUGUGGCUCACGAAUGCUUUCUCUCUCGGAGGAACAACAUGUAGGUGGGGUUUAAGACAACAUGAAACAGGCGUUUUCGUACAAGCCAAGCUUAACACUCUGGACAAUGCUCGAUACUUCGAAUACCUUACAGAUCAAAUUUCUCAAUUUGAUCCCACUAAACGGUCGUAUUUUGAUGCACUGCUCACUGAUGAACGCUUUGUAUUGAUGGGUUGCUCAUCCUAG